AUGCCGGCGGCGGCCGGGGGGCUGCUGUGGUGGAGCUGCUGCGUGCUGGCGGCGGCGGCCGGGGCUCCGCGAGUCUCCGCGGCCGCGCAGUCAGUGUGUGCUGGCACUGAGAACAAGCUGAGCUCUCUCUCUGACCUGGAGCAGCAGUAUCGGGCCCUCCGCAAGUACUAUGAGAACUGUGAGGUCGUUAUGGGCAACCUGGAAAUCACCAGCAUUGAGCACAACCGAGAUCUCUCCUUCCUCCGGUCUAUCCGAGAAGUCACAGGCUAUGUUUUGGUGGCUUUGAACCAGUUUGAAUACCUCCCACUGGAGAACCUGCGCAUCGUUCGUGGGACCAAGCUCUACGAGGAGCGAUACGCUCUGGCGAUAUUUCUUAACUACAGAAAGGAUGGCAACUUUGGACUCAGGGAACUUGGCUUGAAGAACUUGACAGAAAUACUGAAUGGAGGGGUGUAUGUUGGCCAGAACAAAUUUCUUUGCUUCGCAGACACCAUCCAUUGGCAGGAUAUUGUGCGUAACCCCUGGGCCUCCAAUUUCACUUUGGUUCCAACCAAUGGCAGCUCAGGAUGUGGUCGAUGCCACAAGUCCUGCACAGGCCGAUGCUGGGGACCCACAGAGAAUCACUGCCAGACCUUGACAAAGACAGUGUGUGCAGAGCAGUGUGAUGGGCGGUGCUACGGGCCCUACGUCAGCGACUGCUGCCACCGGGAGUGCGCUGGAGGCUGCUUUGGACCUAAAGACACUGAUUGCUUUGCCUGUAUGAAUUUCAAUGAUAGCGGAGCAUGUGUCACACAGUGCCCCCAGACUUUUGUAUACAACCCUACCACCUUCCAGCUGGAGCAUAAUCACAAUGCCAAGUACACCUAUGGGGCUUUUUGUGUCAAAAAGUGCCCACACAACUUUGUGGUGGAUUCCAGCUCUUGUGUCCGUGCAUGUCCGAGCUCCAAGAUGGAGGUUGAAGAAAAUGGUAUCAAGAUGUGCAAGCCCUGCACAGACAUUUGCCCUAAAGCGUGUGAUGGCAUUGGAACAGGGAGUUUAGUGUCAGCUCAGACAGUGGAUUCCAGCAACAUUGACAAGUUCAUAAACUGUACCAAGAUCAAUGGCAACCUUAUCUUCCUUGUUACUGGGAUUCAUGGGGACCCAUAUCACACAAUUGCUGCAAUCAAUCCAGAGAAAUUAAAUAUUUUCCAAACAGUGAGAGAGAUAACAGGGUAUUUGAAUAUCCAGUCGUGGCCUGAGAAUAUGACAGAUUUCAGGGUGUUUUCUAAUUUGGUUACUAUUGGUGGAAGAGCUCUCUAUAGUGGCCUUUCCUUACUCAUCCUGAAGCAGCAAGGCAUUACCUCUCUGCAGUUUCAGUCCUUGAAGCAAAUCAGUGCUGGCAACAUCUACAUAACAGACAACAGCAAUUUGUGCUACUACCACACAGUCAACUGGACAAGCCUCUUCAGCACUCCCAGUCAGAAGACAGUGAUUCACCGAAAUAAAAAGGCAGAGAACUGCACUGCUGAUGGAAUGGUGUGUAAUGAGUUGUGCUCAAGUGAUGGCUGCUGGGGGCCAGGGCCAGACCAGUGUCUCUCCUGCAAACGCUUCAUCAGGGGAAGGACCUGCAUAGACUCCUGUAACCUCUAUGAUGGGGAAUUCCGGGAGUUUGCAAAUGGCUCUGUCUGUGUGGAGUGUGAUCUCCAGUGUGAAAAGAUGGAAGAAACCAUGAUCACGUGCUAUGGGCCGGGACCUGAUCACUGCACGAAGUGUUUGCAUUUUAAGGAUGGUCCAAAUUGUGUGGAAAAAUGUCCUGAUGGCUUACAGGGGGCCAACAGCUUUAUUUUCAAAUAUGCUGAUGAGGAUCGCGAGUGCCAUCCAUGUCAUCCAAACUGCACCCAAGGGUGUAGAGGUCCCGCUAGUCAUGACUGCAUUUACUAUCCAUGGACACGACAGUCCACUUUACCACAACAUGCUAGGACCCCUCUGAUUGCUGCUGGAGUUAUUGGUGGCCUCUUCAUCAUUGUCAUUCUGGGCCUGACAUUUGCUGUCUACGUUCGGCGCAAAAGCAUUAAAAAGAAGAGAGCUCUGCGAAGAUUCCUGGAGACUGAGCUUGUGGAACCAUUGACUCCAAGUGGCACAGCACCCAACCAGGCACAGCUUCGUAUCCUGAAGGAAACCGAGCUGAAAAGAGUCAAGGUUCUGGGCUCUGGAGCCUUUGGAACUGUAUACAAGGGCAUUUGGGUCCCUGAGGGAGAAACUGUCAAGAUUCCUGUGGCCAUUAAGAUCCUUAAUGAGACCACUGGUCCGAAAGCCAACGUGGAGUUUAUGGAUGAAGCUCUUAUCAUGGCCAGCAUGGACCACCCCCACCUGGUGAGACUCCUGGGUGUCUGUCUGAGCCCGACCAUUCAACUCGUCACUCAGCUGAUGCCUCAUGGCUGCCUCUUGGAUUAUGUUCAUGAACAUAAGGAUAAUAUUGGUUCCCAGCUUCUGCUUAACUGGUGUGUCCAAAUAGCUAAGGGAAUGAUGUACCUGGAAGAGAGGAGACUUGUCCACCGGGACUUGGCAGCCCGUAAUGUCUUGGUGAAAUCUCCAAACCAUGUGAAGAUCACUGACUUUGGCUUGGCCAGGCUUUUGGAAGGAGAUGAGAAGGAGUAUAAUGCUGAUGGUGGGAAGAUGCCAAUUAAGUGGAUGGCUCUGGAGUGCAUACACUACAGGAAAUUUACUCAUCAGAGUGAUGUUUGGAGCUAUGGAGUCACCAUCUGGGAGCUUAUGACCUUUGGUGGGAAGCCAUACGAUGGAAUCCCAACACGAGAGAUCCCCGACCUGCUGGAGAAGGGAGAGAGGUUGCCCCAGCCUCCAAUCUGCACUAUUGAUGUUUAUAUGGUGAUGGUGAAGUGCUGGAUGAUUGAUGCUGAUAGUCGGCCAAAAUUCAAGGAACUGGCUGCUGAAUUCUCUAGAAUGGCUCGAGACCCUCAGAGAUAUUUAGUAAUUCAGGGAGAUGAUCGUAUGAAGCUCCCAAGCCCUAAUGACAGCAAGUUCUUCCAAAAUCUUCUUGAUGAGGAAGACCUGGAAGAUAUGAUGGAUGCUGAAGAGUAUCUUGUCCCUCAAGCCUUCAACAUUCCUCCUCCCAUCUACACCUCCAGGACAAGAAUUGAUUCCAACAGGAGUGAAAUUGGACACAGCCCUCCUCCUGCCUACACCCCUAUGUCAGGAGUCAUGAUGUCGAAAUAUCCUUGCACACCCUUGCUGAAAAACAAAAUGAACCAGUUUGUGUACAGAGAUGGUGGCUAUGCUGCGGAAGUGCCGAUGCCCUACAGAGCUCCUGGCUGCAUAAUACCAGAAGCCCCAGUUGCUCCAGGGGCCACAGCAGAGAUCUGUGAAGAUGCUUGCUGCAAUGGCACACUGAGGAAACAGGUGACAACCCUGGCAAAAGAAGACAGCAGCACCCAGAGGUACAGCGCUGAUCCCACCGUCUUCAUACCCGAGCGGGUUGUCCGGGGAGAGCUGGAUGAGGAUGGGUACAUGACACCAAUGCGAGACAAAACUAAAACAGAUUACCUAAACCCAGUGGAAGAGAACCCAUUUGUUUCCAGACGAAAGAAUGGAGAUCUCCAAGCUGUGGACAACCCAGAGUAUCACAACGCUCCGAACGGGCAGCCCAAAGCAGAGGAUGAGUACGUAAAUGAGCCAUUGUACCUCAACACUUUUGCAAACACCUUGGAAAAUGCAGAGUACCUGAAGAACAAUUUGCCGGAGAAAGCCAAGAAGGCCUUUGACAACCCAGACUACUGGAAUCACAGCCUGCCCCCUCGAAGCACCCUCCAGCACCCAGACUACCUGCAAGAGUACAGCACAAAAUACUUUUACAAACAGAAUGGACGGAUCCGGCCCAUUGUGGCAGAGAAUCCCGAAUACCUCUCCGAGUUCUCCCUGAAGCCUGGCACUGUGCUGCCUCCACCACCCUACAGACACCGAAACACAGUGGUGUAGAGACCGUGGGCCUAUGGAAGUGGAAAGGCAACCCCUUCUAGCUGCCUCACUCUUUCUCUCCCGCUCUUCUUUUCUCUCUCUUCCCUCUCUCCCUUUCUUUCUCCCAUGAGCUUCCUCUUCUUGCCAGUUCACUCAUUUUUGAUAUUUCCAAGUUGAAAGAGUGUCUUGGAAUCACUUGCAGAUUAGGUUGGGAACCUGGAAGGAAGGAAAGAAGGAAGAGACUGAAAGAAGGCAAGUACAGCCUGGCAAUUCUCACGUUCUGCAGAUCCAGAGGGUCGGCUGAUCAGAGAAGCCAGACAGUACCAGUCAAGGCCAGUGGCAGUGUUGCCUGCUCUCAAGAUAGUUCCCAGUGAUUCAACCCAGACAUUAUAGGAAAGUCUCAUAGAGACUCUUUCCUUCAGCAGGAACUGAUGAGAGUCUGUACAGCAUUCCUGGAAAUCUCAAUGCAGUUUCCAUUAGGGGGAAAAAAUGGACAAUUUUUAUAUCAUGUGCGAUAGCAUAGUAAUUGAGAUUGAGAAUCCAAUUUCUUUCUCUAACACUUUUUAUCCCAGCAACCGAAAAUGGCCAGCCUGGCUUUUCAUAAUCGUUUAGAUCUUCAUUGUGGCUUUCCAAGAAAUGAUGAUGUGACUCUAAUAUACAGCUAAACCCUUUCUCUGAGCCACACCAUGAUUUUGUGUCAAUUCUUAACCACAAAGACUCCAGCUCAGAACUGGUACAUGACGCAACCAUUUUUUUUUAUGUGCCAACCUGACAAACCCUUUGAACGUAAAAACCCUUUCAGAAGAGAGUAGCAAAACCACACCUCAAACAAAUUCUUUUUGAAGAAUAAAGUCAGGCCAAGAAACAAAGAUUUGUAUGCAAAAAGCUUUGCUUUCCUUUUUUAUACCAGCUAAUGAUAGAUACAUAAAAGACCCAAACAAAUUCUUCCCUCUUUUUCUUCUUCAUGCUCAUGAAGGGAGUUGGGGAUGCUGUCAGGCAACACUGAGGACAAGAUGGAGAACUGGAGAGUGUGAUAUGGGUCAUGAAGGCUGCUGGUGUUCUGUGGGGUGGUGGCAGAAAGGGUCCUUUCAAUUGGAAGAAAGACACUGGACAGGAGAAAAUGCACAUGGCAGUUCACUGGAAAGUUAGUUUGCACUUAAGCUCCGAUUUUAUUUGAACUGUUUUCUGGGUUUUGAAUGAAGCAAUAUGGAAGUGACCAGCAAAAUACAAAAAUAAUAAUUUUAAAUUAAAUAAUAAUUAUAUUUAAAAGAUGACUGUGGAAAUGCCAAAAUGAAGCAAAUCAAGUCUUUGGAACAAUGUCUACAAGUUCUGAGAGGCCAUUGCAUUGACUGCUUCAGAGAAUACAGUGACAGAGCAACCAGCUCUUACUGCUGCCAUGUGAAGGACAGUAGAGCAAGUCCUGAAAGGGAAAAGAGGUAGCAAAUGUCUUGCUCUGGCUUGCAGCACAGUACAGAAUACUUCUUUCUAAAAGGAGGAUUACUUUGGCACGGAAGACAGUGCAUAUGAGGUUUGGGAAAGUCAAAAUGUGCAUGACUUGCAGAGCUUUGCGUCACAAAUGUAAAUAAGUAUAAGUAAGUCUCCUUGCACUUAGUUCUGCUUUUGUCAACCUCAGUUUUUAGGCAGACACCCCCACCUCACCUCCCAGCCUGCUCCUCUUUGGAAGUGUCUUUCAGCAAGAGUUUUGGAUGAUUUUAGAAACCUAAGGCAGAUGGAGCUGGGAAGGGAGGCGAUGGCUUGCUCCUGACAAACCAAGAUCUGUGUGUCUAAGAGCAUCUGUGUGCCCAAUUCCCACCAAAAAUCUUAAGGAACUAUUAAGUACCUUCAGGUACUUAAGAUCUGCCCAUGUCUCUAUCCAUCAAUGUUUUUAAAGGGAAAGAAACCAUACCUGAUGGAUGGAAAUCUUAGGUGACACAACAGCAUUUCAGUUUGUGUGUUUCAAUACUGUUAAAGUCAAGAUCUUCAAGGUGACCUAACCUGGCAACAAAGCCAGCAACAACCAGUGGUCUGGAAAUGGCAUCAAGCUCCUCCGAAUUCCUGCCAUCUCAACAGCUUCCCACCUUUAAUGGUAGGGAAGCAGAGGAAGGAAUAAAAGCAAGCAAUAGUUACCCAAGUCAUGGUGGCUGAGGGUCAGCUUGACCAAGGUAUGAAGAGAUUUCAAACCUGGGGUUGUUGGUCUGCUUGUAGAUGGGAAACAAAUUGUGUAUGAUCACUAGGCCAAGGUUGGUUCAGCUGAUGUUUGUGCAUCAGGUGUGUUCGGCCAUGUGGCCGAUACCGAACCUGUAAACCCAGUCUGUGGCCAAAGAGUCUGAACACACUGAGGUGGGACAGAUGGUUGCAAAACCAUCAAGCACCUGAGAGGCCUUGCCUGUUGGCAGGAGACAGAGACAGGAACUGGGCAGGGGCUGCAGCAGAGGCGGGUGGCAUGGUGUCCUGGACACAGCUCCAGGGAAGGUAUUCCCGUGGUAGUGCUCACAGGGUGUUGUCUGGAGUGCAGGCACAGGCCUGCCAGAUUGGGAUGCACUUGCUGAGCUCCCUGGGGACAAGGACUGGCACAGGAUUGUGGAUGUCCUGUUUCAGCACAGAAGUAGCUGGAUUUACAUAGGUUGGUGGAGAAGGGGUUGGUUUGUCCCUGAACAAGUCUUCUAACCGAGUAACUCCUAAUGGAGAAAAAACAGAAUCCUGGUUCAGCUUAUGUGCUUGAGUUCAAAGAGGUUCACUCAGAGGCUGCUGGGGCAGAGGAUGCACCCCUCCAAACCCAGGGGGGAUGGUGCUGGGAUGUAGCUGCUAACAAAAGGUGAGACCUGUUUGUUUCUCUGGUAACUAAGUAGUAGUUACUGGUGUUGGAAACAAACCCAUUAAAUAAUCAAAAUGUAAAUAAUGGUGGUUUUUAACAAUUUCUGCAUUUUAUUUCUUACAAGACUUGAAUUAUUUAUUCCUUUCAAUUGUUGACUGUGGGUGUGAUAUAAUAUAUGAAGUAGCAUGGAAAUGCAGAGGUGCCUUGAAGUGAAGCAGUGUGAAGGCCAAAAGGGGCCGUACAGAGCUGGGGCUUGGACACGGCCAGGCUGAGCUGUGCUGAGCUCUGUCUUGGGUAGCAGAGGGCAAAAAAAAAGGAUUACUAGGUUAAUUAACAUGGUCAUUCUUGAUGAUGGAAAACUCUUUUUAUUUGGUUUUGGUUUUGUUUUGUUUUGUUUUGUUUUCUCCCCCUGGGCUUCUGGGUUGAGAUGCAGUUGCCAGAAAUGCCUCUUGUAUGUCCUGCUGUGCCAGCUCUUGACCUUUGCUGCGGCAUCUGGGCCUGUGUGGUGCUGUGUGUCUGGUUAACCAGGUUCCUUUUCCCUGGGAAAAGCAACAGCCUUGGAAACACAGGUCAUAAAUAUGCACAUUUCCUUGGGAAGAGUAGUGCCUCUGAGCUGCCUUGGCGGAUUUUUGUGUUUUUGCCAAAGAAAGUUUUAGGGAUGGUUAAAAAAGCAAACUGAAGAGAACUGUUGGGCUGCUUUAAGCUGAUCAGCAGAAAUACCUGCCUGGCCCUCAUGGGGUAUGGCUGCUGGCUUGGUGAAAGAAGUCAGUCCAAUGUACAUGGCAAAAUCGUGGCAAAUAUUGAACUGAUUGUGUUAUGAAAGAUGAGGACCAAGGUUUUCAAUAAGUAAUUACAGGCUUGCAGAAAGAGCAGAUAUUUCCACACACAAGCUGCAUUUUAUCAGCACAAAGCCAUUGGUGAGAACAUCAACACAAAGAUUUUGUCUGGUUUUAAUUAAUUCUCUGGUUCUAUUAUGAUGACUGUAUACAGCACUGUCAGUUUUUAUGGAUUUUUAUAAUGCAGUCUCUUAUUUGCAAAUGUGUUCCUUUCCCAUAUUGUAACCUGAUUGAUAGAAGAGUAGUGACAAAUUUUUCAAGAGCAGGUACCUGAGCGUGUAUCAGCCAUUGUCCAAGGCACAAAGCAACACACUAAAUGAAAGAGAACAAGGGCUUAUUUUUUUCCUAAUCUCUUUCAAUGAUACUUGUCUUAGAUGUUAUUAUCUACCUGAGGGUUGCUUCAGAGAAACAUGGAUGCUGGAUCUGAUUGACUUGUUGUAACAUAAUUGACUGAAACCAACUACUUUCAGGUUUCUUUCUUCAGCUCUUUUCAAAUUUUUCUUUUUCUGCAAAAUUGCCAGGAGGGAUUCUUACGUGGCCAUUCAGUCAGAAAUAGCAGAGUAUUUAGAGCUUGCUUUCCAAAUGGUCACCUCACACAAGUAGCAAGCAAUGGAAGUAGAUUGGAGAGAGUAUCAGCAGUAGGAGCUACCAUGUGAGUCUGUUUCAGGCAUCUGAAGCUCAGCCCAGAAUUUUGUACAGAGAAAGGUUAUGUUAACCCUGGCCACACAACUUAUUUAGUAGAAAAUGCAUCUCUUGGCUGCAGGAACUGUACUCAGAGUUCUCAUUCCAUUUAUUUCCUGGAUUAAUGGAGAGAUGCCUUUCCUGUUCUUCAGCUGGUAAGCCCAAUGGCUGAGUGUGAAGGGCCCUUGGGGCCCAUGGAGCUGGGACUGGGCAGCUAAACCAGGGGCUAUCCAUCCAAUACCAGUUUGCAAUAAAGAUUUGAGAGGGAGCUAUGGGUGAGCAUUUCCCCCACCCUCAGGCACCACCAGUCCCAACCCAGAAGCAAAUGAAAUGGCAGCUGUGACAGACCAGACUCUCUGUGGAUCAGUUCUUUCCAAGGCUAUAGGUGGGACUGGGCAGCAUUGGGGAAAAGCACCAGAUGUGAGCUAAAUCAUCCUAGAGAUAUAGGUUGGGUUUUCUUGAGGAUGGACCUAUACAGGGAACUCAGAUGUUAAAGAAAUUUAUUUUUUCCCCUGGGGUGUCUGUGUAAUUGUCCUACAUCAUGCUGGCAGCUGAAGGAAUGAAAGGUUUAUUUGGACGCCUUUAUACCACCUGGGAGAUGAGGUGGCUUUUGCACAAAUCAGGAUUAGGCUGUUGGUCAUGUAAUUCCCCAGGGUAGCAGCAGGCACCCCAAUCAGCCCCGCUUCCCGCAGGAGCUCUGUGCACCCCAUGCAGACAGCUCUGUAUGGAGAGGGCAGCACACACGUGCACACACAGGGACACUCACACCCUCCCUCUGCCCACCCUCAUAGGGGGAGAAACAGAGGUGCCCCAUGGACUGCCACCUGAGGUAUCACUCACUUUUUGGGGUGUUUUUUCACUCACUUUGCACACCUGGCAUAUCCAGGCUUUCAUCCUGGUUUCCCAAUCGUGUUUUGGAACUGUGGAGGCUCAGGUGGGUAUUUACCUGCUUUGAAGGCUGUUUAGCUUGAGGGUGACUGGUGGAACAGUCAUGUUUAGCAUGAACCAGGACCAAGCCUCCAGUUAUCAGUCACCUCCAUGGUUCUUGAAGGGUACCUCAAAGAGGACAGGAUCACCUUGAGUUCUCUUUGCAGAUAUUUUUCCAAAGGUGUUACUUGGAGCUACAUGAAGACUGUUCACCUGUUCUCUUCUAGCUCUAUCACUUGCAGUAUUCUCAUUGCUGAGGAUCUUAGAUCUCUGCUGCUAACAAGUUUUGUCUAUUGUUAUAUAAAAUCUUUGGUUUGGGUUCAGAUUUUUGUUUUCAGAAAGCCAAGGCUGUGUGUGUGGGGGGUUGGUUAGCUGGAAUGUUCACACUUCAUCACAUGAAAGGAGCUGCAGUUGUUCCACAGGGCAGCUUCCCUGUUUGAAGAAUUCCCUCUCUUCUUUAUAUUCUGGCUCUUGCUGAGCUUUACACGGGUAGAAAAGGUCACUGUUACAACUAGGGCUUUCAAAUUUGGAAUAAAUAACAGAAUUAAAGCUCUGUGGUUUGAAAUGCUGCUCUAAAAUGUCCAAAAAUCACAUCUCCACUGUUGUUUUGAUUUUCUUUUCCUGUACUGCUGUGUGACUUAGCAGGUUGUUCCACUGGUGGGCUCAUUGCUCAGGGGAAAGGCAGUGAAGGCUGCAGUCCAGAGGUCUGGGUGUUGCAGAGCACCUUUCAGUGUUCAGAAAGCAGUGGGAAUCAGUGGGACAAACAGCAGCCGAGCACAUCUCCUAUCUGGAGCCAGACUGAGGACAUGUUUCCACCCACAGCAUUCUCCAGCUGGGUUCUGUGCCCACGAGCCAAGUAAAGGUGUGAGGGAGAAGACUAAGGACAUGAUCCCCAUUAGGAAACAAGAAGAGUCAGAGCUGCUGUUUCUUCCUGUUUUAUUAUUUAAUUUUGAGUUUUGUGGACCUUGGUAGAGAGGGGCUUUCAGGGGAGAUUUGUAAGGUGUUAUGUAGUGUGAGUUGUUACGUCCCAGUUCUUCUCCUCCCCAGUAACAAAGCCAUGAAAUCAGGCUCCAGACAUGUGGUGGAUGAAAGCACCAGGGUGAAGGUGCAUCCUGCACAGCUCAGAGGUGACCGGGGCUGCUGCUGCCCUGCGCUGGCUCUCAGCACCCUUUGCCAGCAGGUUGGUCCCCGUGGCACCACUGUCCCCGUGCCCUGCCCCACCUUUGAGCUCUCUUAGGGAGUAAACACUGUAUUGUCCAUAGCACUCCGAAGACUAAACCCUUUUGGGAUAACCACAGUAAUAAACUGUGAAUGGUAUUUUAUAAGUAAGUGUAGAUAUGUAUGCCGUUCUUUCGAGGUAAGGUACUCUGACAUAUGUAGCAUAAACUGGUACUGCUGUUAAAUGGGUCGAUUACUAACUGAGCAGCUGUGUAAGGGGGAGCUAACUUUGAAUGCACUCAACCACUGUUCCUUUGAAGGUGGGCACUGAAGGUAGGUGCUGAGUACUUCUCUUUUUACAGUGGGGUAAGCUAAGAGGAGCAUGCAGGUCAAUGGAAACAAUUUUUAAUAGCAUCUUAAUGUUAGAAAUUGGUGCACAUUUGAUACAUGAUUCACAGUGGUUUUAGUCCCUUGUUUUUGCCCAAUUUUUGCGAUUUCCCCAGCAUCAUAAGGCAGAAUUUUCAGGCUGUAGCAGUGUUAGAGUAGGGAGGGGAAACUGAGGGGAAAAGCUGUGUCUUUCUAGAAGUACAGAUAUCCAAAAUGUGUGUCCUGACCUGGCUGUCUUGAACAGCCUCAAGUUGUUCUUUUCUGAUGAGGCUGAUUCCAAGGAUGACAUUACUGUCCCCUCCCCUCUGGGAGGAGGCACAGGGACAAGAAUCCAGGCACAGUGAGGGGGGUGGCUGUGACCACUGCAUCCAGCCCAUCCCAAAGGAAAGGAACAACCACAGGAGGUGGGUGGGAGGGAGAUGGGCAGGGUGUCGGUUUCAGCCAGUUCUCCAUGUUCUCAAAGGGAAAAGGGACAAAAAAACCAUCAAUACUUCUGCCUUAUGAAGAACCUUUAGAAGAAGAGAAGCAUCAGUGUGUUGGGGAAGAUCUGCAUUUCUUGCAAAGUGAUGCAUUCAGAGUUAGCUGCCUUUCUGAAACAAAAAAAAAAAAAUUAAAAAAAGCCUACAAAAAACUACUGUAUGUUACUUUGAAAAUGUGAAUAGUAUUUUUAUAGCUUGUUAAAGACACAGCUAGUUGCAUUUGUAAAUAAGGAUAAUGUUGCUUUUAUUUUCCUUGUGGACACCAUUAUUUGGAACAUAAUUGUCCUUAGGGUUGAUUUGUAUAUAGGUAAUUUGCUUGUGAUUUAAGCCUCCCCUUUUCUUUCCCUUCCCACCCUCUGGUUUUGGUUAGAAGUACCAUUUUUGGCAUUCUGUGUGAUUCUGUGUUUUAGCACUAUUGUGGUGUGUUCAGAUUUUCUGCACUUGCUUACACAGUAGGGUAUGCCAGUUGUGUGUGGCGUAACGUUACUUUAACCUUUCGUUCCUCAUAUUUUAGCUACCGCGGGUUAUGCACUGUUACAAUACUUACUGACCUGGGUUAAUAUUAGGGACAUAUUUUAGCAUAAUUUUUCCUUCUUUUCAUGGUUUCUUGUUUAUUUUCUCUGUUUUCUUCCCUCCCCUUUUGUCUUGUUUGGAAGCUGGGGAGAAACCUGUGGCUCUUCUCUUUGUGUGGUUAUAUAUCCCCCCCCUCCCUCCCCCGUGUGCAGUCCCGAGUUUCUCCUCACGGUCCUUGGGGUAGAGCUGUAUCUGUUUGUUAAGGCAAAUGUAGACUGCGACCCACCUUGCAUCAACCCACGCUCAUCCCAGCUGAACAAUUUGAAAACUGUUCUGCCUUUUUGUUACAUGAAUCUGUCAGAAAUAUAUUUUUAAUUUAAUAUAAAUGAAAUUCAAUAAAAUACGAAAAAAGUC